AUCAAGGUCAAACGACAACCUGCUGAUUACACUUUUUGUCUGCCUUGCUUCUUACAGGAUCGACAUCGUGCAGGAUGUGGACCACGUUGUGUCUCGUGGCUGGCCUCCUCCUCUGUGUAGAAGCAGCUACACACCUCCCAACGACAGCAACAACGAUCCGGCCGACGCCGACGCCGUUGAGUCUGAGGAAUCUGUUCAGGAUAGUAUUCAGGAGAGAGGACUUCAACGGUGACGGCGUACACUCUCUGUUGGAGUUCGAGCACCUGUGGAGUCUGUCUGACAUGGAUGGUGAUGGGUCUGUUACCGUGACAGAGUACACUUACUCAGACCAGUUCGGAAAGUUCACCGGUACAGAGUUGUACAAAUACUUCGACCAUGAUCACAAUGGCGUCAUCCAUCUGCAAGAAUUACCCAGGAUAUUCACGGAGUAUGAUACAAACUUUGACGGCUGGAUCACUGAACAAGAGUUUGUCGACGAGAACAUCAGGAUAUACAAAUUUAUCACGAAUGACGUUGGUACUGAUAACAGUUACUUUGGUCACCAGUGAUUCAGAUAAAAUAAACGGCAUGAGAAACA